UAUGAUUCAUCGUUUAGACUACGGUGUCCAAAUUUCUUGUGCCGGUAGAAUCAGCCAAAUAAUACUUACAUUGUAUCAAAAAAAAGAUACAAUCACUAUGUCUGAUCUACAAAUAUGUAGUUUAGCUUACGAAGGAAAAACUCAACUGUUUCAGCAGAUUCUGAAUGAAAAUCCCCAGUUGGCUGUUAAAAAAGAUCAGUCAGGGCGAACAGCUUUACAUUGGGCCUGUUCCGGAGGACAUCACCGUAUAGCUGAAAUCUUAAUAAAUAACUAUCAUGUUAAUAUUGAAGAAGGAGACGAUAGUGGGUGGACACCUCUGAUAAUUGCUGUUUCUGCUGGUAGGGAGGAAAUUGUUGAUUUGCUUUUACAAUGUGGAGCAGAUGUCAACACUACAAACAGUACUGGGCAAUGCUCACUUCAUUAUGCUGCUUCAAAAAAUCGAGAAACAAUUGUUAAAAAGCUAAUUGAGAGAAAAGCCGAUGUCAAUGUUAGAGAUUGCGUUAAUAGCACUCCUCUCCAUAGGUCAGCAUCUAAAGGAAAUUCAACAAUAACAAAACUCCUUAUUGAAUCCAGAGCAACACUGAACCCUCAAGAUACGGGUGGAAAUAGUCCGUUACACGCAGCUUGUGAAGAAGGCCGCUCAAACGACGUAAAACUUUUAAUUGACGCUGGAGCAAAUCCAUAUUUAAAAAAUAAGGACGAACAGACACCGCAUGACAUUGCUGCUAAGAGUGUUAUAAACUUACUUAGUUAA